UUUGUAGAGCUGAAAAUAUCUGAAAUGCUCAAAAAUUUGACACAACAGGUGGGGUUUUGCACUGUGGUUGCUCCGUGGAGUCCCCAAAGCCCUGUGGCUUACUCAAGGUGAGAUCAUCUCCUCUGUGUAAUUGCCUCUAAACUCAAAAGCUCAGAGAAGAGAUAACAACCUGCUUUGGGCUUUGUCACUCUCCUGGGUCUCCAAGAGCCUCUAAAUCCCCAAAUUACAUGGAAAAAGGUCUUUGCUGACAGUGAUAUAUUUUUAAACUCACCUGCAGAGCACCUUAAUAUCCACCUUGAAGAGCAUCAGGAGGCAAGCAGGAAGAGCGUGGAGAUGUAGGGGAGGAUCAUCCUGGAGAACCACGAGCAAGGACAGCGUGUGCCGAGCCACCCAUCUCCCGUCGUUUUCCCUUGCAAAGAAGAAACAACUUCAGUCUUCAUCUCCGCUCCUACCUGGAGGCUCCUGUGCUCCAGUUCCUUAUUGUACUCUGGGCUUAGCACCAAAUCCAGGUGAUCUGCACCUGCAGGUGUGUGGUGAGAACACCCCAUCGCAACACUCGCUCUGGGUACUUCUCACUGACCACAAAGGGCUCCUGGAUGAGGACUGGCAGCUUUCCUGUAAGGAACACUUACGGAUUUUACUCUUGCUGAUAUAAGACACAUCCAAAAGGUUGUGCUGGAUAAUUUCAAAGUCCCAGGCUGAACACACACAGGGGGAUUAAACGCAGCACCAAGAUUUUGUAGGACUGUCUCCAAGCAGAUCCCACUGCAAAAAGGGUUUUCCAGCUGGAAGAAACCUCCAGCAAGGAGUUCACACAGACAACACUCUUUGAAGGAAUGCUGGGAAGCAAUUGCACCCAAGCAACUGAGUUCAGCUUGGUGGGAUUCACCGAGAACCCAGCAACUCAGGUCACCCUCUUCCUGCUGUUCCUGCUCACCUACCUUGUCACCAUCCUGGGGAACUUGGGGAUGAUCACCUUGAUCAGAGCCAGCCCCCUGCUCCAUUCCCCCAUGUAUUAUUUCCUGGGCAACCUGGCUUUUGUGAACCUCUGCACUUCUACCAUCACCACCCCCAGGAUGUUGUUUGGGGUUUUUUUGGGGAAGAAGAGAAUGGCCUAUGCUGGGUGCAUGGUUCAGGUGUUCACUUCUGCCCUGUUUCUGGUCACUGAGUGCUUCCUACUGGCUGUGAUGGCCUAUGACCGAUACGUGGCCAUUUGCCAACCCCUGCUCUACCCCCUUGUCAUGUCCCCAGAGCGCUGCUCCCAGCUGGUGACCUGGUCCUACCUCCUGGGGCUGACCAAUGGCAUGGGACAAACCAUUGGCAUGUCCAGCUUGUUCUUCUGCGGCUCCAGCACCAUCAAUCUGUUCUUCUGUGACAUUUCCCUGCUGAUCUUGCUCUCCACCUCCGACACCACCCUCAGCCUCGCCAUCCUGAGGACUGCUUCAUCUUUGCUUGGUGUUCCCAGCAUCCUGGUGGUCCUGGCGUCCUAUGUGGCCAUCAUCCCCACCAUCCUGAGCAUCAGCUCAGCUGAGGGCAAGCACAAAGCCUUCUCCACCUGUGCCUCCCACCUCACCAUUGUCAGCAUCUUCUAUGGGGCUUUGAUUUUCAUGUACUUAGUCCCCAGGUCAGACACCUCCAGGGGAGGAGAAAAAUGGGUUGCUGUGCUCUACACUGUGGUGACCCCCAUGCUGAACCCCUGGAUUUACAGCCUGAGGAACCAAGAGGUGAAGGAGGCUUGGAGGAGACUCAGGAAAACAAAAUGAGCUUGGAUUUUAACUCUGUUUAACUUCGUUAAAGCAAAGCUUUAACUUUGUGGCCAGCCACAAUGGAGAUGUGGGUGCUACUCUGGGAAUUUUGUGAAAUAUGUCAGAGGGACAUUUUUGGCACCCUCUGCACUUUGAUUUAAAUGAUGUGCUGGCUGAUUUAAUAUCAGCUGAAAAUAGUAAUCUCACUCCAAUUUCGAUGUUUGGAUGAGGCGUGGAGCAACCUGGUCUAGUGGAAGGUGUCCUUGCCCACAGCAGGAGGUUGGAACUGAAUCAGCUUUGAGAGUCCUUCCAACCCAAACCAUUCCAGAAUUCUGAGAUAUAUUUGGUCUUAAUGUUUUGGUGCACAAGCAUUGCAUAUGUGAAAAAACCCCAAAACCUCCAGUCAGUGCAUUAUCUCAUCCUGUCUCAGGUCCAUGGUAAAAUCCAGAAUGAUGGAACUCUCCUAGAGACAUGGAAUAACUUGGGAUGGAAGAGAAGCUGCUCACUUGGGUUGGGUCAAGGUAGUUUGCUGAUUUAUUGAUGACACACAACUCACAGGCACUUAGGAUCAAUGAGCUGAGUCCUUUGUUCCCUUUGUUCCUUUAUUAUUAGUAGAUGUUUAGAAUAGAGGCUCGACGAGGUAGAGGCCUUGUCAAGCCUCUAAAGGGGGGAAUGAUGCCUUAAGUUUUAGCUUUCAUAUUUUUCAGAUUCUGUACUGCAUAAGUAUAUAACUCUCAGAACUUCAUAGAAAGUGUUAGCAACUUCUCCUCACAGUUCAGUUAGACAAAACAAUCCUUUUCCAGCCCAAGAACCAAGGACACCGUUACAGCUUCAGGCCCAAAAAGUGCA